GCGGAGAUUUGCAGUUGAACAGCCUGAGUGACUCCCCAUUUUGACUUGGCUGUAUUAUUUUGGUCGCCUCCCCACGAUGUCGUUCCUAUUGUAGACGCUGCUGUAAUCCAUCUUUUCAUCCAAUACCUUUCAUCUGUAUACCCUAAAAAACUCUCAAAAAUGAUAGACGAAUCCGACGUCGACCGCGACGUCGGCGGAAGUGGUCCACUGCGAUAUUCAGACAGUUCAGAAGGACCAGAACUAAGAGACUUGGUGGAUAGUCGAUUACCGCCUUUACCUCAAGAUAAUGACUCUUUACCUACGCCACCUUCCCCCCGCUUGACUUACAGGUCUUCUACUUCUCUCAUUCAUAGCGGUCAUGGUCCAGAUUCUGGUCGAGACCGAUCACAUCGUCGGUCUUCACACAGGAAAUCGAGAGACAACAAUCACCGGUCAAGUGCGAACCGUGACAUGGUUAAGAUGUUCGUGAACGAGCAGUUCGAAGAUGCGCGGACGAAACGGUACAUCCGUAUGGCUCUUGAUCGUCUGGAGAGCGAGACCAAACGAGCGCAGGAGGCGGAGCGCAGGGCGUUGGAGUUGGCAGAGAGGUUUAGAGUUGUGAACGAAGCGAGGAUGGCUGCGCAGAAUGAGCUCACUCGCGCUAAUGAGGAACUCAGGUUGUACAAAUUUCAGUACGACCAUGCUCAACAGGAGUUGAAGAGAGGACAGGACAUGAUAACGGACGUUGUGGCGCAGAGGGACGAUGCGGAAGCCGCUGCUGCGAGAGCUAGGACCACCGCGAGAAGACUCAAGGAAGAGCAGAUCAUGUUUCGUGCAAGAGAGGAAGGUCGAAGACAAGGAUACGAAGAAGGUCUUAAGCAGGCGAGGGAGGAAGCUCGUGCAGCCGGCUAUCGUCGUGCUCGUUCGGAUACAAGAACUAUGGGGGACGAUGUUAUACAGGAAGACGACGACGAGCCAGACUUUCCUGUCCCAGACAAUGACGCGGAGGAUGUGCAGCACACGGACGCUCUGGAUGGGCUAUCUAUGCUGGGUCUUCCUAAUAUGGUGCCUCAAGGUCAAGGUCAGGGUGCGCCAGGUUCUAGGUUCAGAGAGCAUGGGAUUAGUCCAGCGCCGACGAAUUCAUCUUUAUACCCGUCGAAUGCACAACAUGCACGACAAGCAAGAGAGGAACAGAACUAUAUUUCACCAAUGCCCGUGCCCGUUUAUAAUGCCCCUCCAUCUCCGAGUCAUCCUCCGACACCCAUACCUCCUGACGGAUACAUACCCCGAGCAGACGAAGGAUUCAUCCCUUUGCCUCCUCCUCACGAAAUGGGUCGUCCCCCACCUAGUCCCAACUCACCUGCUCAACCUUUGCCCAUCCCAGAACCACAACCUCGCGUUGCUGCUGUACCCAAUUUUAUAACGCAGGAUCGCAAUAACAACUAUUCGAGAGGGGGCCGAACCUCGCCACGGUCGUUAGCGGAAUCCGUCCCCUCAACUACAAUCUCACAAUUCGAGCUUGUGAACAGCUCGCCAAGGAGUUCGUCACGUAACAAUGUGGGUCGAGACCGAGACCGGGACCGGGACAUAAGGGAACGCAAGUCCGGAUUGAGCGUUAUACACGAAGGCUCCGUGGAAUAUAGCAGUCCAAGUCCGGGAAUGGAUAAUAGACGAAUGCCCGAUCCUGUCACCUUCCCCACUCCUGCUGGUGCGAGCAAUUCUCCGUCAGAUUGGGGUGUUCAGGGCGAAGGAGACGUUUAUGGAAGGGGUACGCCUAGGAAUAGAAAGACAAGUCAACGCUUGGCUGAUGAGUUGAGGUAUGAAAAUGCCGAUGCUGUUGAAGAAUGGAGGCGAAGCGCGGCCGCAGAGGAGGUUCGUUCGCAGUCUUCAAGACCUAGCCUUCGACGUCCACAUAAUGUGACUGUGCCAUCGCCUUUGGCGCAAGAAAGCAUUCGACCAUCGUCUUCGGUCGGGAACCGGCCGCCUUCCGCUGUUGGUAGUCGUCCUCGCUCUCCAUUAGGUGCACGACCUAUGUCUCCCGGGAAUCUCCAAGGUUCACAACGUUCACGUCCCCCACGGACACCCGUUUCUGACCAUCAUGAUGGCUCUUCAAUGGGACAUAGAACCGGAACGUCUGAGGGAGAAAUCUUUAUUGAUGUUAUUCCUCCCUCUGGCUCGGGAUCUGAAUUCUCUCCAACUGUGGCCAAUCACUCUGGAUUGCUUUCACCCAACUCUGCCCAUGAGCCAUUACCUAGGCCACCUACGCAGCCAAUUGUACCUACCGUUCCUAAUUCGCCGACAAUGAUGCAAGCAUACCCGUCAAUGGGUAUGCUUCCUACAGAUCCUCCUCAAGCUGGAGGUCCUCCAUUUGGGUUCAUGCCUGCAGGACCUCCCGUUCCCUAUUCUAAUACUAAACCUGCUGUACUCCCUCCACCGGUUGCUCAAUCUUCACCAAGACGAACACCUCACAAUAUUUAUGGUGGUUAUGAAUCUCCCGAUUCUCUCGAAUACGGCUCCCAACCCAGGUCUAAACACACAAGAGCACGGUCUACCAGUCAACUCAGUGCUAUGAGUAGCGAUAGUUGCCAAACAAAAAAUGUAGGCAAUGAUCUAAGUGUUCGACCGUCGUCCGGUAUGUCUAUGUCUGGUGGACCCCAACGAUCAACCACGCCGAGCCGGACAUACUAUACAGCUGCACCGACUCCACCUGGUGUACAAUACCCUCUUCCACCCGUAAGACCUGACCCAGCACUCAUGAAUAGUCCCCAAUCCGUCACCUCCCGUCUUUCCGGUGGUGGACAUCAUCGAAGCCUUAGUCUGAACGCCGGAAGCACACCAGCUAUGAUCCCUCGUCCGCUUUCCGGGGCGCAUCGACCCAAGUUGCAACGCGUCCCGUCAUCGGAUUCCAUUGGAAGCGCGACAUCGAGAAAUUCGUAUUCGCAUUAUGAACCAAAGGACUACGUGGAUCCCGCGUUCUUGGCGAGUUCGGAUGACUUGGCGAAUAUGCAGUCUCCGACGACGGCUGCGAAUACCAGGGCCAAUGCGUCAUUCGCUACGGUUGGUGCUGGAUUGGCUAGACCCAGUAGUAGGGCCUCUCCUGCCGUUUCAUAUGCGAGUUUACCGAGAAGUCGUAAAACUUCUGGAAGGCUUGGAUAGAUCGUGCGAGAAAGAAUUAUGGACUCGGACAAUGUAUGUGCUUGAAUAGUAACGAUCUUGCUGAUUAUGCUUUGAGUUAUUGCUUGUAAUCUUGAAUUGUAUGUAUCUAUGUAUGACUAGUAUGUUCUGUUGCAAUAUAGAGUUAGUUUUGCUGU